AUGGCUUUUGCGUGGCGUUCACGCAAGCAUCGCCUUGAUUUCUUGCUGCAAAGCCAGGGCGAUGAUGAUCAGGACGGCAUCGUGCUAGACCGGUUGCUACACGGUCAGAGCAUCAUUGGCAAGACAGCUAGGACGGCAGAGAUUGACUCCAUUCGCUUUCAAGAUAAAGAUCUCAAUGUUGUAGGAACUCUGGAUCGGGGGCAGUUUGGUGUGAUCGAUGUAGUGAAAUGUGUGCUUGAUGACCGCGUGUACAUCCGGAAGUCUACGGAAAAGCAACUAGCUCUGCGAGCCCGCGGCCAAUGCUCACCGCAAUAUGAACGCGAUAUUCUCCUGCGCGCGAGACAAUCCCAAUCUGAAUGGGUCCCCCAUCUUCUCUGCGCCUUCCAAACACCCACCCACCUGAAUCUCCUCAUGGAUUACGCCGAAGGCGGUUCGUUGUGGGAUGUCCUCGAAUCCCACCCCGAGGGAAGGAUACCCGAGGACGACAUGUCCUGGUGGGUGCCGCAGAUAGUCAGCGCCAUAGGCUGGUGCCAUGAGCAAGGCUACGCACAUAGGGAUAUCAAGCCACAUAAUUUCGUGCUUACGAACAGUGCGCGCGUGCUGCUCAUUGAUUUUGGCUCGGCAGCCCCGCUGCUCCCCCCUCGACCUGAUGGCUCGAGGGCGCUGCCGAAGCGAGCGUGUAUGGCGCCUUGCGGUACCUGCGACUACAUUUCCCCUGAGAUCCUCAGGUUUCACGAAGAUGCGCUGGUAGCAUUGGAGAUGGACGGCGAGGAUAUCAUCAACAAGUCUUUGGAUGAGGAAGGGUAUGGCCUAGAAACAGACUGGUGGAGUUUGGGUGCAAUGUUGUAUGAGUUGGUCUAUGGAGUAGCCCCCUUUUUUGCGGAAGAUAUUCGCCAGACCUAUGCACGCAUACUGGCCCACGAUACAUGUCUUCGCUUCGAUAAAAACAUCAAGAUCAACGAACCACUUCGCGACUUGCUGUCGAGAUUACUUACUGAUGCUGACCACCGGAUGGGAAGACGAGGAGUAGGAGAAAUCCUCAACCACCCUUAUUUUGAGGACGUCCCUUUGGACUCGCUAACGACUCGACCUCUCCCAGACACCCUCCAUAUCCCUCGAUUCAUCUACGCCGAAGGAUCAGCAGCGGACCCCGAGCCGUCCGGAGACGAGUCUCGGUCCCAAGGAUUCGCGUUUUCGAUUUUCUUUCAGUCAUCGUCACCAAUGUCCGAACGGCCUGAGGCCGCAAACGAGACCACGAGCUCUUUGAGCCGAUCGACAUCCUCCAACGGCAGUUCGUCUUCUUUCAUCGGCUUCUCGUGGGGUCCCACUAUCGACGCCUUCCCGGAUACGCCUCCCACACCGACAGAACCGCCCAUACCCCCCAUUCAUCCGGGGUUGGUCACACCGCGCCCUACAUUAUCUGCUUUGGAUACGGGACGUGCUGGUCUCAGUGCACGACAGCCUCAAUCCUCCGCCAGCAGGCUUCUCACCCCCGGAAUCCCUUCAAUCCCGUACACGACCCCCGUGCGCCUUAACGGCAUACUGCCAUACGCCACGCUCCCCCGGGGCAGCACGAUCCGCCGCAGCGCAACAGUCCGGCGCGCGGUAUCGGACCGCGAGGCAAUGAAGCAGCUCGUCGACUGCAUCGGCAUGAGCGCGCGCAAGAAGGUCCUCGAAAGCGGCAAAAAGCCACGCAUCCUCCCGCCUUUCAAAUCGCUCAACCACUCCGGGACGCUGAAAGAGCUGCGGUUCUUCCCCGCGCCGAUCGUCGUCCCCGCCUACGGCGAUACGUCCUCGCCCAUGUACAGACGACAAGCGGUCGCCGUGCUUGGUUCGGACGACGGCACCGCGACCGAAAUCGAAUCAGAAGGCCCGCCGAGUCCGAGCCCCAGCCCGCGCCCCGGGUCGGCAAUGUCGUUUAUGUCGAAAAGGAGCGGGACGCCGACGAUUACGACGACGUUCUCGCAGCGCAUGUCUGGGAGCUCGUUCCUUUCGAUCCCGCGGCCGUCAUCGGGGAGACCGCGCUCGACUUCUACGGGGUCUCUUCCGGCGCCGUACAACGAACCGUACAACGAACCGUCCUUGUCGUUGGACGAGGACAAUCUCGCGGACGUCGCGGCGCGAUACGCGUCGUUGAUGGCAGACCUUGAGGCGAUCGAGGAGAAGCUGCGAUACGUUGCUGUGAUGUCCACCUAA